AUGGUAUAUGGCGGGAAACCAAGCACAGGCUGCCAGAACUGUCGACAACGACACAUCAAGUGUGAUGAAACGCGCCCAGCAUGCAAAGCUUGCCUCCGGACAGGCCGGACUUGUCCGGGAUACAAGCACCCGUUCGAUGUCGUGCUGCGAGAGCGCACGGCCUUCCAGCGCAAGAAGAACAAUGCCGCUGCAGGGAAAUCCUCCGAUAGAGCCGGGGACAACGCAGCGGUGCCAGCCCCAUCGCCGUCCUCAUCAGCCCCAACCGGGGCAUUACUACCUGCGGCUCCAAUCUCGCCUGUCAGGCUCAAUCCUGGGAUUCCGCGCCGGGUGAACCCGCAGCUGGAAGCUACGGUGACUUCGCUAUUCUUCGGCUCGUACAUGUAUCUGCCCAAGGAUCCGCAAUUAAAGAUCGGCUUCAUGGAACUGGUGCCGCUGUUCUACUCGACGACGAACUUCGGAUCGCAUUUGCACCUUGCCUCGUUGGCUGUCGCGUUCCGCUCGGUUGCUGCGUGGACGGGCCAUCGGCCUUUGCUGCACUAUUCCGAGCAGUUCUUCGUGAGAGCGCUGGCGAGAACUCGUGUUGCUCUGCAAGGAGUAGAGGAGAAUCCAGAUGCGAUGUUGAUGACGGUGCUGUUGCUUUCAACGUUUGAGCAACUCGCUGCCUUGAAAGAACGGAGGACACCAACAAAGGCUCACCUGGCUGGAGCCAUUGCCUUGCUGAAUACCCAGGGGGCUCAGCGGAAAGAAUCUCCUUUCUAUGCGGUUUUGUCGCAUGCUGUUCAAACUCAGGUUGUCAGAUCAGCCAUGGGGCUGGGGCACCCGAUGAUCCAAGUCCCGGAGCGAUGGCCUCGGUUAUCCUCUACGGAUCAAACUGGCCCAUGGAAAUUGACCGUCGCGGCAUCGGAGAUUGUUGGUCUCAAAGUGGCCUGGGAGGGACUUGCAUCAUCCCCGAAAGCGCACGACCACGAUGAAAUCCGCAAGGUCCUGUCUCUAGCCAUUAGAGUGGACUCCCAACUGGCUGCUUGGCCCGACUCGGUUCCCCCACGCUGGACUCCAGUCCCAGCAUCUUACAUCCCGCAAUCCGUGCGCGAGGCAGGCAUCUUCCAAGAUCGAUGUGACUGCUACCUAGAUAUCUGGGUCGCCUCUACCUGGAAUCUCUACCGCGACUCGCGAAUCGUGGUGCAUAAUACCAUCCUUGACUGUCUCCGCUUACUUGUCGGAGAUGAAGCCGACGAGACCCAGGCCGCACUCGCAACGAUCCAAUCGCUCGCUACGGACAUUUGCGCAUCAAUCCCGUUCUUCCUGGGCAACCAGACGAAAGCCGUCGUGAUGGAUCCCCUCAGAGUCGAGUUUCCCGGGGUGGAUGGAAAACCUGCAUCGUUAUCGCACCGAAAAGGCGCUCCCCUGCUGGGCGGAUGGUUUGCCAUGUCGUAUCUGUAUAAUCUCUGCUCACCGAGACUUGGGUUGCACGGUGACCAGUUGGCGUGGAUUAAAGGGCAGAUGCAGCGGGUUAUGCGGAUAUACACUCAUGACGGGCGUCUUUUCUAG